CUUUAAUUACCAUGUAAAUAAACAUAUGAUACAAUCUGCGUUACAUUGUUUGUUUUCUUUUAAGAAUUUCUUAUAAGCGUCAGUCGCACGCACGUGACUGAUACAAUAGGAGAGUGUGUUUGUUUUCUUAUAUGCGAUUUUCAACUAUUCAUUUGCAACAAAUAGACUGUGAAAAAUCUCUGACCUAACCUAGAAAAAAAUCUGCAAACGUAACUUAUACUUAACCUAACCAUACAUCCAUUAACGUAACUAAAUAAAUUUUAUGUAUAUAUGUGAUACUGAUGUAUAUAUGUAAUAACAAUUAUUUUAUUUUUUUAUACAUGUAUAAAUAAAUAGUUUUAUUUGGAUGAUAUAGUGAAUAACUUUUGACUAUAUGAUCUAAUCGCAAAACGAAAAAUAUUUCCAAAAAAAUAUACAUAUAUUAGUCUUGCCGAUUACCAACAUUAGAUAUUUGACAAAGUUAUUUCAAUCAAUUGUAAUUUGACAUUUGUAAUCGCAUAUGUACGUCACACAUCUAAAGUGAAAAUGUAGAGUCAAAUGAAUUUAAUACACAUACACAAAAAAUAAAAUCAAUCUUCCAGUGUUAAGUGAGAUUAAGUAUAGUAUUAGAUUUAGUAUAGAUUAACUAUGUAGUAGAUUAAGUAUAGAUUAAGUAUUUUUAUAGCGUAACAUAUUUUUAGAAAUUUGUAAAUAUUUCUCAUGUGCUAUUUUUUCUUUUUGUUUACACGUUAACACAUGCGCAAAAACUUGCUACUCAACAAGAGAUUUUUUAGUUAGUGAAACUAGUACAACGGGAGGACAUUUGUGCAUUAUCAUAACCUAUAUUGUUCAAAAUGGCACUUCGUGUAUCAUCGUUAUUUAAUCCAAGCAAUAAUUUUACAAGAUUUAGAUUAACAAGAUUUUUCGCAGAUUCAAGUAAAAAUAUUAAAGAUAGUAAUCAAGUAUCAACUGAUACAGUAUUGCCUAAAAAACUCACAGUUGCCUUGGUACCUGAAGAAGUUCAUAUAGCUCAUAAAACUAGGCAAGAAACAUUAGCUGUUGUACGAGAGAAUGAAGAUGUUGGUACUUGUUCAGGUGUCCCAGAAGAGCACAUAAAGACUCGCACAGUUCGUAUUUAUUGCCCUGCAAAAAAUGCUAUGCAAUCUGGAACAAAUAAUAUAAAUUACUGGCAAAUAGAUUUUGAUACGCGUGAACGUUGGGAAAAUCCUCUCAUAGGAUGGACUUCUACAGGAGAUCCUUUGUCUAAUGUUCAGGUAGAAUUUAUUUCGAAGGAGGAAGCUAUUGCACAUUGUAAUAAAAUGGGAUGGAAAUAUUAUAUUCAAAAACCAAAUGUUAAUAAUCCUAAACCUCGUAGUUAUGGUACCAACUUUUCAUGGAACAAGCGUACUAGAGUUUCGACUAAAUAAAAAAAUAAAAGUUUAUUAGAGAUUAAUAAUUCUAGUUCAAUGUAUGAUUCCAAUAUAUUAUAUACAUUUAAUUGUAUGUAAAGUUUUAGAUUACAAAUAAAUUAAAUUAAAUAUAAAUAAAUUCAAAUUAAUAUAAAAGUAAUAUUGUAAUAUUUGAAAAAAAACUUGAAUGAUAAACUUUACAAUUUAUUUUUUAGCAAUAGUUAUAUAAUAUCAUUCGUACAUGGUUAACAUUCUUAUUAUUCACCUCUUAUUAGUAUUAUUAGCAUUUGUAUUAUAAUGUCAGAUUUGAUUAGACUGUGUUUUAAAAUUCAGUAUUUGCUCGUAUUAGCUUAUAAAUUAUAUCGAGCAUUGUUGAUAUUACUAAGAGAAGGUACAUUUGUACAAGUACACUGUAUAUGUUAAUAGUUUGCAGAAGAAAUUUGAUUUAAAUAGAAAAGUAUGAAUUAAAAUUAUGCCAAAUAUUAUUUAGAAGCAUACGAAAUUGAAAUGCAUGAUAUAGUAUUAUAUAAUGAAUUUGUUGAACAAAUGGAAAAAAUAGAAAUUUACAAAAAAGUUAACUGGAACUAAUAUAUAUAUAUAUAUAU